UUAAAAUCUCACGCAAAGCUUCUUGCGCGUGCCCCUAAAAACCGUGGAAUUUUAAACAGCAAUUCUUAAAAAUUUUCAUCUAAAAUUUAUCAAAAACAGUUGCUUAAUCUGUUGUUAUAUUCAAAAUGAGGGAAAUAGUACAUAUUCAAGCUGGACAAUGCGGUAAUCAAGUGGGCGCCAAGUUCUGGGAAGUUAUAUCAGAUGAGCACGGCCUAAACCCUUGUGGUGCUUACCACGGGGACUCUGAUCUCCAACUUGAAAGAAUUAACGUCUACUUCCAAGAAGCGUCAGGCGGUAAUUUUGUUCCUAGGGCUAUCCUCGUUGAUUUAGAACCUGGUACUAUGGAUUCCAUCAGAGCCAGUUGUUGGGGGCCCAUGUUUAGGCCAGAUAACAUGAUUUUUGGACAAAAUGGGGCUGGAAACAAUUGGGCCAAAGGACACUAUACAGAUGGAGCAGAGAUCAUAGAUGCAGUACUGGACGUUGUAAGGAGAGAAACGGAAACUUGCGACUAUUUACAAGGCUUCCAACUUGUUCAUUCAAUUGGAGGAGGCACAGGCUCAGGCUUGGGUACCUUGCUCAUAUCAAAAAUUCGAGAGGAAUUCCCAGACAGACUUCUGAACACAUUUUCCAUCUGUCCAUCUCCGAAAGUAUCUGAUACAGUGGUAGAACCUUACAACGCAACCCUCUCAAUUCACCAUCUAAUUGAGAAUUCUGAUGAGACCUUCUGCAUAGAUAAUGAGGCUCUUUAUGAUAUUUGUUUCCGCACUCUGAAGCUAACCAGUCCAACUUAUGGAGAUUUAAAUCAUCUAGUGUCUCUAACAAUGUCUGGAAUUACUACUUGUCUUAGAUUCCCUGGGCAACUGAACGCAGAUCUUCGAAAGCUUGCUGUCAAUAUGGUGCCGUUCCCUAGACUGCAUUUCUUUAUGCCUGGCUUUGUUCCGCUAACAUCAAGAGGAUGUCUUCACUAUAGAUCGGUGACUGUGCCAGAGUUAACACAACAGAUGUUUGAUGCAAAAAACAUGAUGGCUGCUUGUGAUCCAAGAUGUGGAAGAUACCUGACAGUGGCAGCAAUAUUUAGGGGUAGAAUGUCUAUGAAAGAGGUAGAUGAACAAAUGUUCAAUAUUCAAACAAAGAACAGUCCAUACUUUGUUGAGUGGGUGCCUAACAACGUGAAAACAGCUGUAUGUGACAUACCCCCACGUGGCUUAAAAAUGUCUGCUACCUUCAUAGGCAAUUCAACUGCUAUUCAGAUUAUGUUCAAGAGAAUUGGAUACAGAUUUGCGGUGAUGUUCAGAAGGAAAGCCUUCCUACACUGGUACACAGGUGAAGGCAUGGAUGAGAUGGAGUUUACGGAAGCUGAAUCUAAUAUGAAUGAUCUUAUAACAGAGUAUCAGCAGUAUCAGGAUGCUACAAUUGAUGAAUGUGAGUGUGAAACAGAGAAUGAAGAGGAAGAAGAAUAAAAACAUAUGUGAUACUUCUUACUUACUCAUUUUAGCAUAUGGGCAACUGUUCAGAUUUAUUAUUUUAUCUAACUGUUAUUUUAACAUUUUUUUUUAUUCAAAUAUUAUCUGCUUGAAUUAUAGAUUUAUGUUUAGACAGCUGUGUUAUAUUAAAGUAUAUUGGUUAUAAAAAUGAAAUAAAGUAGAAUA